AACGUAAACAUCAUUGUUUGACAAACAUGUCACAAUUCUAAAAAGUUGUGAAGUAAUCGAAAUCAUCAGGAAAAAAACUUUCUGUGAGCAAAAAUACCAUCAUUAAAGCAAAAUUAAAUAACAAUUUCUGUGCAGAUGAGUUGAAUAUUAUGCAGAAUGGAUGUUGUAAGUGGUAAAAAUAUCCGAAAAUGAAAGAAAAUGGGAACAAUUGCAUCAGUGCUACAAUGGACGUGUGCCAAAUGCAAUUUGAUCAAUCCGACGGAAAGCCCCCUUUGUCUUAACUGUAAAAAUCCCCGACACUCGAGCAUCGGAAUUAAGAAGGACCAGCUUUCAAGCGCCGAUAUCAAUAAACUGAACGAUGUGCACAGGAUCUCUCGCGAUGGUAUACUUAAAGUUAAGGAUAGUUUAGCAAUUGCUCAUAAAAAUUUCAAUAGAAAAAAAAUUGUUCACAAAAGUGGUUGCAAGAACAUCCGACGAAGUCAUUCUCAACCAAACUUGUACCGCAUUUGGAAAUGCUACGGUUGUAACUAUCAGAACAAUUCGAUAACCUGGCAUUGCAUCAACUGUGAUUCAAUCAGCACGCUAGCGCCAGUGUACAAAGGCAGCGUAAAAAAGCAAUUGAAUCAAAAUGCAAAUCAAAAGUCCUGUACGCCUGUUGUGGAUGAGGAGAGCUGCAGUGAAAGCCUAAUUGACAAGAAAGCUCUUAGCAUGGAAUGUAUCGACAGAAGAAAGUGUCAACUGUGUAUCUACAAUCGCUUCAACCUGAAGAAUACUGCUUGUGUGCACAAAAAUAUUGAUGUGUUCAACUCAAACCAUCUGGAACUUCAGUCUAGUUCUGGUGAGAAAUCCAUUCCUGACAAAAGUUACUCCAGGUGGAAGCAGAAAGUAAGCCCUAAAGAACAUCCCAGUUGUUUUACCGAUAUCCGUGCUAACGAAAGAGGCAGUUGUUACUCAAACGAAAGUAAAACAUUACAGCAAUUUACGAUAACGACCUUAUCAAAAAAGAUACGUGUUGGCCCAACACAAAGCGCUUCAGGUGAGAAUCAUCGAGACUGUGGUAUAUUUGUAACCGUUAGAGAUUGGAUAGUCAAGGCGGGUCCCAACCAAUCCCGGGAAUCUUCAUCAGAUCUAAAAAAAUUGUCCAACGAACCUCAGCUACCGGACAAUAGUAACCGAAUGAUUCCCUCGACUAAAGAUAACGUCGUCAAGAGGGACACAGGACCAGUAGAACCCAUAUACGCUGUGAUAAACAAACAGAACAAGCAAAAGAAUCAGCAAAGGUCAUCGAACCGACAACAAACGAGCAUUUCCAUGAACUUCGAUAGGUAUUACGAAAACGUUGAAGGUAUUAGAAAACAGCAAGACAGUCAUCAACCGGUAACGAACGACCAGGCUGGACCAGAAGGUUACUUGGAGACUAGCGUUUCUCAUAAAACGGAUAACUUAAACAACAAUUCAUCAACGGGUGACGAUGUUCCCGUGUACGCUGAAAUACAAAAGAAGAUGAAAACAAGAAAACUUCAACAAUUACCUAAACGAAUGUGGACUUGUGGCAAAUGUUCCUACGCUUACAAUGCAAUGUUCGCCGAAGUGUGUGACAUCUGUUACUCGUCAAAGUCUAACCCGGUGACCGUCACUAAAUGUGAUAAAAACGUUUUCGAUUACCGCAACGAGAACGAUUUCACGGGAAUUAAAGAUACAGACUUUCCGCAGGCGUCACUAAGAUCUAUUUCAGGUUUUAACGAAAUUCCGGCGAUUGUUAAAGUACCCAUAGCAACUGGUGAACAAGAUCUGGACGAUGAUUAUGCUGCCACGUCAAAAACGAUGCAAGACAAAGACUGGACAUGUAAAAAAUGUACCUUAGUUAAUGCACCGACAGCGUUAGCAUGUGCGGCAUGUGGUGGAUCAAAACUGCGCAGUAUUUCUAGUAUAGAAGAAACGACGUUAAAGAAAGGAGAAUUUUGGUCUUGUGGGAAAUGUACAUUGAAAAAUUCGUUAACUGACAAUAUUUGUGGAGCAUGCAAAUUCCAAAGAAACAUAGCAAAUGCAGGUCAAACACAAACUCAUCUAGCAACUCCAAGUGUGACAAGACUGGCUCGUUGUCCAUCGCCUAAAUCCGACAAAACAGUAGUUAAUUCCGGAGCGGUACCGAAGCGUCAUAGCACAGGAAGUUUGAUGGCUAAAACGUGUAACUACAGUGCAGAGGCUGAAAAAAAUCGAUCUAGUGAAAAAACCUGGCAGUGCCCAGCUUGUACAUUCGAAAAUUCUUCUGCAAGUGUAGUUUGUGAUAUAUGUUCUAGUCACCGAUUAAUCACCAAGGAUAUUGCGUGUUCAAUCAAUGUAAAUAGUGAUAUUUUAAAGCACGAGAGCAAACUAAUGGAAAAUCUAAGGCAAAUUGAGGAAUCUGAAGCACUCAGCAAAUGGAUCAACAUUAUUCAGUAUUGUAAGGAGAACAGCGAACUCUUUGUGGAUGAUUCAUUUCCACCAGCAACAAAAAGUCUGUAUUAUAAUCCAUCAUCCAACAUAGAAGCCAACCCGGUUGUGCAAUGGCUGCGACCUCAUGAAAUCAGCUGUGACGGUGGAAACUUUCCUCCUUGGGCUGUUUUUCGAACACCACUACCUUCAGAUAUUUGUCAAGGUGUAUUGGGAAACUGUUGGCUACUGAGUGCGUUAGCCGUGCUAGCAGAAAGGGAAGACUUAGUUCGAGAGGUCUUAGUCACUAAAGACAUGUGCCCACAGGGAGCGUAUCAAGUGAGACUCUGUAAGGAUGGGAAGUGGACAACGGUAUUGGUAGACGAUCUGUUGCCUUGUGAUAAGAAAGGACACUUAGUUUAUUCCCAAGCCAAACGAAAACAGCUUUGGGUUCCAAUAAUUGAAAAGGCAGUCGCUAAAAUUCAUGGAUGCUACGAAGCGCUAGUCUCUGGUAGAGCUAUUGAAGGUUUGGCAACAUUGACCGGCGCCCCAUGUGAAAGCAUACCUCUUCAGCCAAGUUCCAUUCCAUUACCUAGUGAAGAUGAUCUCGACAGGGACUUGAUAUGGGCACAACUACUAAGUUCUAGACUAGUGAAAUUCCUGAUGGGUGCCAGUUGUGGUGGAGGAAAUAUGAAGGUGGAUGAAGACGAGUACCAAAGAAAAGGACUUCGCCCGCGCCAUGCAUACUCAGUAUUAGACGUUCGGGACAUUCAAGGAAAUCGAUUGUUGAAGCUGCGUAAUCCUUGGGGUCACUACUCAUGGCAAGGUGAUUGGUCUGACGAUUCUCCUCUAUGGACUGAAGAGUUGCGAGAUGUAUUAAUGCCCCAUGGAGGAUCCGAAGGAGUGUUUUGGAUAUCAUUCGAAGAUGUGCUCAAGUAUUUCGAUUGCAUCGACAUAUGCAAGGUUCGCAGCAACUGGAACGAAGUACGAUUACUAGGAACCUUGCAGCCACUUUGCGCACUCUCUUGCGUUCUUCUGACUGUUCUUGAGCCAACGGAAGCAGAAUUUACUCUAUUUCAAGAGGGACAAAGGAAUUCUGAAAAAUCUCAACGAUCUCAGCUUGAUCUUUGCGUUGUUGUAUUUAGAACCCGAAAUCCAGCAAAACCGGAAGUAGGCAGAUUAGUAGAACAUAGUAAAAGACAGGUUCGCGGUUUUGUAGGGUGCCAUAAAAUGCUAGAGAGGGAUCUCUACCUACUGGUGUGUCUUGCAUUUAAUCAUUGGCACACGGGCAUCGAGGAUCCCUCGUUAUAUCCACAAUGCGUUUUAGCAAUCCACAGCUCAAAAAAGUUAUUGGUCGAACAAAUAACUCCUCCGCCGUAUCUUCUGGCAGAUGCCAUAAUCAGCCUUACGUUAACUAAGGGUCAGAGACACGAGGGUCGUGAAGGAAUGACAGCCUAUUAUCUCACGAAGGGUUGGGCAGGUCUUGUUGUAAUGGUAGAAAAUAGACACGAGAACAAAUGGAUUCACGUGAAAUGUGACUGCCAAGAAAGCUACAACGUAGUUUCAACUAGAGGAGAACUGAAAACGAUCGACUCGGUACCUCCUUUGCAACGACAGGUAAUAAUCGUACUCACGCAGCUGGAAGGUAGUGGAGGGUUUAGCAUCGCUCACCGCUUAACACACAGACUGGCAAACUCAAGUGGCCUGCAUGACUGGGGCCCACCUUCGGCAACACAUUGUCCCCCAAUUGACAACGUGUACGAUCUCCACUCUCCACGUUUGAUAACUUAGAAAACACCGUCAGUCCCACAUCAUUCUACACCCCACAACCACAGAGCUCUCUACGAUGAAUAAUAAAAAUUUCAGAUAACUUUAAAAGCAAUCCCCGGUUUUUUGUACGAACUAGCCUAAUUAGAAUAAACAUUAAACAGACCUUUCCUAUUUCUA